AUGAGGGCUGAUUUUAAAAAUACUGUGUCUACCGUCAUGAUUGAGGGUAUGUUAGCUCUUAGAAGUUUACAAGCUAAUAAGCAUAAUUAUAACAGUAAAGCACGUAGUAUUAACCGCAUAGAACUUAGGUGGGCGAGCAUAGUCCGCAGCCGUGUUGCAGGGGAAGCGAGCAUUAACCCUUUCUGCAGUUCAUUCGCCGUCUGGCCUCACCCCUGCAACCACCCACCCCCUGAAGCCCGCGACCAAUUUGACUGCACAUUUUCUACACUGCAGCCAAAUUACACACACCUUAAAACUUAA